UUUUGAUUUGAUUUUAAUCAUUCCUUGCAGAAUAUUUGGUUGUGUGUUGGCAACGUGUAGCUUGGUACAACAAGUGGAUAAAAAAUGUGCACGGCUCUGAGUCCAAAGGCACGUGGGCCUGGCCUCUCUGAUAUGCAUCAAUAUAGCCAGUGGCUUGCCAGUAGACAUGAGGCCAACUUGUUGCCGAUGAAAGAGGAUUUGGCCCUGUGGCUCACAAACCUACUGGGUAGAGAAAUAACAGCAGAAACAUUUAUGGAGAAAUUGGAUAAUGGUGCCUUGCUUUGUCGGUUAGCUGAGACCCUGCAGGAGAAGUUUAAAGAAAACAGCUUUGAUGCAAACAAGCCUGGCAAAACCUUACCAGUGCGGAAGAUUCCAUGCAAAGCCAAUGCACCUUCAGGGUCUUUUUUUGCACGAGACAACACAGCAAAUUUCUUAUCCUGGUGCAGAGAUGUAGGAGUGGAUGAUACCUGCCUGUUUGAAUCGGAAGGUUUGGUUCUCCACAAGCAGCCAAGAGAAGUGUGCCUUUGUUUACUGGAACUUGGAAGGAUUGCAGCAAGGUUUGGGGUGGAGCCUCCUGGAUUAAUAAAGUUGGAAAAAGAGAUUGAACAAGAGGAAACACUUUCAGCCCCCCUUCCAUCUCCUUCACCCUCACCAACAAAGUCUCCUGGGAAAAAGAGCACAGGGAAACUGUUGGAUGACGCUGUUAAGCACAUUUCUGAAGAUCCACCUUGUAAAUGCCCUAACAAAUUCUGUGUGGAGCGCCUUUCACAAGGAAGAUACAGAGUUGGAGAGAAGAUUCUCUUUAUUAGGAUGCUGCACAACAAACACGUGAUGGUUCGUGUUGGAGGAGGAUGGGAGACUUUUGCAGGUUACUUGCUGAAGCACGACCCAUGCCGAAUGUUGCAGAUCUCACGAGUAGAUGGAAAAACUUCUCCAAUCCAGAGCAAGUCUCCAACCCUCAGGGACAUGAAUCCAGACAAUUAUCUUGUUGUUUCUGCCCAUUACAAAACCAAGAAGGAGAUAAAGUGAAAUAUGCUUCUCAUGUGAUUGGGACUUUAUGUAUGUAGGUCCAAAUUAUUUUCUCAAGUGUAGUAAAUUUAGUUUAUGCUUUAAAAGGACUUCAGAAAAUUUAAGACAGACUGAAAAUGGCAACCCAUUUUGAAGAUCUUUGAAUUGUAGAACUAUUUAUUUCUAGUACUGUACCUUUUAUAGCAAAUUACCCUUGAUAGGCUAAUUACUACAAUCAGAUAAGAAACAGACAUAUAUUUUUAGCCAAAUUAUUACUCUUUAAUAUGUGAAUGUAUACUUAGAAUUACAUAAAGGAGUGGAUCAUGUUAACGGAAGAAAAUACACAGUACAAUAUAUUAGUAUGAAACUCUUAUGACAUUGAAUCCUUGACUGUUAGGCUAGUUGAAAAAUAUCUAUGCAGGUAGAAAAUGAGUAUUUGUGGAAAUUAUUUGGUAAUGCCUCCUCAAAUGAAAUCAAAAUUGUCUAUUUUUAUGGGUUGCAAGAUUUUCUUAAGCAAGAGAAGAAAAUAUGAAAAGAAUUAUUAUUGCAUGCCAAGCAAUUUCCCAAACUGAGCACUUAACAAAAAGCCCAAGAAAAUAACCCCUUUAUACUCUCUAUAGCUAAAGACAAUGCUAAGUGCCAGAUCUGUAUGUAGAGCCUUCCUGAUUUUUACACAUUUGCCCAAUAUAGAACCAAAGGGAAGUCGAGAGGUUGCCCCUUCCUCUAUCAGACAAUAGAGGUGGCCAGUUGUCCCAGCAGGGUGAGGCGCUGCAACCCAUGACGGAAGCAGUGAAAGCUGCACAGCCUUCCUUUCACCGGGUGGGAGCUUCAGAAGACGCUAGUCCUUCCUGCAUCAGAAAACACUACACUGUUCUUGAAUCUGAGCUUUUUCUUCCUCCUUUUUCUAAUUCAGUUAGUCAUGCCAAAUGUAAAAUAUUCAUUACCCUGUCAGUAGAGUGAUUCACAUUCUUGUAAAUCAUUCACACACCUCUAAAAUAGCUAAAGGCAUAUUGGGGCUUGGUUCAUAAUUGUGGCUACUUUUCUUUGUCUAUAUUUGGUAAUUUAUGUGCUUUGUAACGUCCUAGAAAAAGCAUUUUAUAGGAUUAUUUGACUGACUGUAUAAAUUUGAGCAGAACUCAGUUGUUUCAUUAGCAAUGAAAUAAACAAUUUUUUUAAAAUACUCAUACAUAUUGAAAGUCUUAUUUAUUAUUUGUAAUCUAUAUUCUUGCACUUUGCUGCUACUGGCUGGAUGCCUACAAUAUAGGACUACUUACUAACUUGAUAGUAAGGGAAACAGCAAACAGUGCAGGUGUUCAUUUACUACGGAUAGCACAGAAAAUAGCUGGAUUUGUUCAAAAUCAAAUUUCCCUUGUAGGUAAAACAGGAAAGAUUUGAAAAUGUUCUUGAAAUAAUUUUUAAAAGUAGUAGUUGGUAUUUUUCCAGGAUGUUUGUUUGUUUACAAAUUUAAUUUUAAAACAUAUCUCUAAGAUCAGCUCUUGUGGUCUUUAAAAUUAAAGGCAAAAUUUCUAUUGACCAUAGCAAAAUAGGUCCACGACUAAUCCUUCAUGCUGGAUGUAGCCUUGGCCUUAUUAAAAUCAGCUUGUUUUAUCUCACUUAAGUGGAACCAUCCUUCCUCAGUGCCCAUAAAUAUCUGCUAAAUAUAAACAGUACACAGUUGCCUGGUGCACAGUACUAAGUAGCAGUAUAUAGUUCCAAAAAUAUUUCUUAGAAAGAAAAAUGGUAGCCUUUCAUUCUUAUUUUGAGAAAUUUUCUAGGAAGAUUAAAUAUAUACUUUAGCAGUAAAUCCUUUGAAACACCAUAGAAAGACCCAGUUCUCCUAGAAGCAACGUAUGCAGCCCUUAUAGGAGGGUAGAAGAGAACGUAAACACCAUUAGUGUAAAAAUGCAGCACAGCUGAAAAAAUUGUUUUCUUAAUAUAUGCACUAAGAGAUCUGUUGUCAAAUGAACAGAGAACAAAAAAAAUCACUUGUGCAACUGUCAGAUGUUCAUUUUGAAAUAACGGUUACUCUUUUAAACUUAAAUAGAAGCAUAAAUAGUUGUUACCUUUCCAUCAAUAAAGAUUAAGGUUUCGCCUUUAAAAUAUUUAAAGAUGUUUACAUGUUAAUAAAUCAAGAGCAGACACUAAUAAUUAUAAAAAAGUAUUCCUGAUUUUAUUUUAAUAUUAAACUUCAAAUAUAUUACACAAAUAACCCUGGUAAACCUAAACCAAGAUCUUUAACAUGAACUGUGUUUUAUACGUUUGGACAGGAGCUUUCAGAAUUCUUUUUUGGGUGCUUGUUAAAAUCACAUUGAAGUACUUCCUGGUUUCUCAGUCAGGUCCAAAAUGGGAGAUCUAUAAAAGACAACUUAAGGUAAUGCCCGCUUGCCACCUAGUUAGAGUAAAAAGCUUGCAGGUGGAGCUUAUAAGGUUGCUAGAAAGGGAAGUGAUUGUAUUUGCUGCACCUGGUAUAGGUGUGUAUGGCAAAGAAGAAGAUAAAACAGGAGCAUCCAAAAAACUGUAACUUGGGAGGGAAGGGCUGGAAUAUCUUAUUUGGAAGGUAGGUGUAGAUUAUUAGGUAGGUGGUGUUCUUUCAGUGUGAUAGACCCUGUAGAGACAUAAAAGUUAAGGGAUUUAUUGUGAGUCAGUCCUGCUCAGAGGAGUUCAGAGCCUGAGACUUGAAUUACAAAGCCUGAAACAAUAGCUGAGUGGCAAAAUCUUGCUUAAAGAAGUGUGGUCCUUGCUGCUUGUUGGAGUGAUAAGGACAGAAUGGAGUCCUUCAUGUAGAAAGGAUGUGGAGAGGGGAAAAAAAAAAAAAAACAAAACUUGUAUGAGCAACUAGGGAUAGCAGAUGAUAUUUGAAGUUUCUAAGCUGUAAUGUAUGAUAUUCAGGUAUCUGGUGUAGACUCCUAGGUGGCUGAACUGAAUGGCAGAAAACCAACAGGGAAGACCUGCAGCUCCCAAAUGAGAGAGGUGUCUGCUGAGACUGUAAAAUAGUUUCUUGUUAGGAGGGCAGGUGAUGAGAUGUUGAAAUGUUGAACUAGCCAUAGAAGAUAUCUGGAAGAGUGCAUUGAGGUGAUUUUUAGCCUCCUUCAACACUGUAUGACUCAACUGACUGUGAGUAUUGGGGAGGAUGGAAGUUGCACAAAAUUCAUCUGCUACAAGCAGCAGAGGAAUCUCUCCUGAAGUUCUAGUUGCAUCACAGAAAAAGCAAUAGGGAUGCUCUUGCUGGCUGCAAAUAACUGUGCUGAAAACUCAAGAUGGUUAAAGUUAACUUAUGUAAGACCACUUUUUAAAAUUAUUAGUAUUGUGUAAUGUCAAAUGUCACCACGCUGGAAGCAACUAAGAAUUAGUUUGAAAACCUAAUUGUGACAUUUGUCAUUGCUCAUUACAGCAGGUAUCUUCUGUCACCUGUCUGUUCAUGCAUUAGCUAGAGGUUUUUUUUUCCAAGCCGGAUAAUCUAUAUAACAAAUUUUUUUUCUUAUCUUUAUUACAGUGAAAUUACUCCUUUAUUUAUUCCACCUUUUUUUCCAACAGCAAUUUGGAGAGGGUAUCUAAAAUCUAUGUAAACUAGUUCAAGGGCUGUUGGCUGAUGAUUAAAAUAUAGAGGUGUCAAUAUGUGUGUGGGAAGGUAUAGCAAGUUUGUUAUAACUUAAGAUCCAACACUGAAUUCAUUAUGUGUCUUCAUUUUAGAUGAAGGAGAUGAGCUGUUUGCCACACCAUGGCAUUACAGAAGCAUCUGUUAGGGAAGCUGAUAAGGGUUUUGUUCUUUACGAGCUUAAAUUCGGUACUGUCUUGUUGGCUGCUACCAUGCAGUGAUUGCUAAUAGUGAAGUACAGGAUUUUCUUCUUUGCUUUGUCUCUCCUACUUCUUAGCCUGUGGGUAUGCUGAGAAUCUAAAGUAAGGUGAAACACACAUGUUGGAUCAUGCAUUUAUGGGGCCAGAGAGGUUCUUCCAUUCCAGUCAAACUGCUGGCACUGCUUCUUCCUGAUGAGCUGUGUCCCAACUACUUAGUCUGUCACUAUGCCAACUCCACAUGCUGAAGUCAUCUGUUUUCCUCAGAGCCCACUGUGCUGCAGUGUUUCUACACUACUGCUACUGGAGGACACAACUUCUGUGUCCUCCCAAACCUCUGGAAGUUCUGCCCCAAACACUUUCUCUCUGGCAUAAUCCAUCUAUUUUAAUGCAGCGGAGUAGCAAUCUGUUUCAUUUUCCAACUAUUGCUACAGCAAAGAUUAUACUGUUCUAGUCACUGCAAGUCAGUCCUUUCGUUUCAGCUUAUGAGCACUGUGCUUUAACUUCUAUGAGUUUUUCCAAGUGUUCUGCAAGAAACUGAAAAUGCUUUCAGGAGAGGUGUAGUCAUACCGCUGUAAAGCGAACAAAAUGCCAACCACUUACACUAAUCUACUCAAACGUGUCUUAACAGUCUCUAAAGUGAAGUAAACGCUUUCCCUUGGACGAAAUACGGACAAAAUUCCUACUGUGUUUAAUAUCUUAGUACAGCACAGAUUUGUAUGUGGGUGGUAAGGGAGGGGACGUGUUUAUUUCUACAGAUACAGUGCAGCUCUAAUCCAGGUAGCUUUAAGCUUUACCAUUUAAUGAUACUCUUCAAGCAACUAUCAUUUGUACGCUACUGAACUGCAGUCUGUUCUGCUUUCACUCUGAACUGAAAUUAAUUUUACAAAACUUAGUAGCAAAAAAGCUUAUGAGAACAAGAGGUGUUUUUAUUAACUCAUCAUUCCCCUCAUUUUAACUCAGUUUAGAGUGUGGUCACCCAAACUGUUAUAUCAACAUGAUGUAGGAAUCUCUUUAAAACCAGCUUUAUCAACCAGUGACUUGUAUUAUACAAUCCUCUGGAGUGUUUUAUCAGCUGGAGGAAUAAACUUGAUAUUCAGGACUAGGACUCUUAAGAAGCAGACAUAACUGCUUUUUUUCUUAAAUGAGGGAGAAAGAAGCAUUGUUUUCUUCUACAGUAAUUCUGAAUUGUAAGAAUCACCUUUUUAACACAAGGGUCACUCAAUCUGAAGAGAUUCAGAUCCACAUUCCCACCUUCCAGGAAAGCUGCUAAGCAGAGGGCCACAAGCAUGCCAACCCUCUUGCGAGAUUAA